AUGUUCAACAAUCCGCAGGCGAUAUCGCCGGGAGGGGCAUGGGCGAUGAACAUCGUGAGCUCCGUGGGGCUCAUCAUGAUCAACAAGGUCGUCAUGUCCUCCUAUCGCUUCCUCUUCGCCACCACACUGACCGGUUUCCACCUGACGUUCACGGGCCUGUUCGGGGCGCUGUGCGUGUGGCUGGGGUACCUGUCGGGGACGGCCAACAUCCCUCUGUGGGACAUUGUGUGGUUCGGCAUGCUCGCCAACCUCUCCAUCGUUGGCAUGAACCUUUCUCUCAUGUCUAACUCGGUUGGGUUCUACCAGAUAUCCAAGCUCGCCAUCAUCCCAGUGACCUGUCUGUGUGAGACGCUGCUGCACGCCAAGGCCUACUCCAAGGAAGUCAAGCUCUCUGUGCUGGCAGUGAUGCUGGGGGUGGGCGUGUGCACCGUCACUGACAUCUCUGUUAACGCGUUUGGGCUCAUCACUGCAUCCGUGGCGGUGGUCUCUACGUCACUGCAGCAGAUUUUCGUGGGCGAGCUGCAGAGGAAGCACAACGUGGGGUCGUUCGACCUGCUCAGGCAGACAGCGCCCAUCCAGGCCGUGACCCUUGUGGUGGUCGGGCCCUUCCUCGACUACCUCCUCACCUCGCAGAACCUUCUUGAGUUCCCCGUCACCAGCAACGCUGCACUCUUCAUCUUCCUCUCGUGCGCCUUUGCCAUCGGCUGCAACCUCUCCGUCUACCUGUGCAUCGGAAAGUUCUCGGCAACGUCGUUCCAGGUGCUGGGGCACAUGAAGACGGUGGUGGUGCUCAUUCUCGGCUGGACUGUCUUCAAGGAUCCAUUUACUCUCAAGAACUUCAGUGGCAUGCUCAUGGCUAUUGUUGGCAUGCUGCUGUAUAGCUGGGCUGUUGAGAAAGAGAAGGGGGAGAAGGGGGCGAAGGAGAGCAAGGGAGGGAAGGAGGGGUUGCCGCUGCUGCCGGUGCAGAAGGGAGAGGAGGGUGUGGGAGUAGGGAUGGGGGAGGAGGGGAAGGGGGAUGUGGAGUAUGGCGAGAAUGGGAGGAGGCCCAGCUCGCCUACUAAAGGGGGAAGAGGGUUGUUGUAA